UCACAACACACUUUACAUUAGUAAUAAUAAUACUUUUCAAAACGAUAUUAAGCAUAUCACACAUGAAUUUUGAUGAUAUGACAGUUAGACCACGUGUAAGGGAAAUUAUGUUUUUGUCUGACAAAGAUACUCUCGUUUACAAAACAUUUUCAAACUUGCUGAUUCUGAUGUUCAGUCUAUACUGUAGAUUUUGUAGCAGUCAACUUUAAACCGUACUCUAUUUCAUUUUCCAUGCCCUUCUACAUCGUUAUUCCCGGGAUCCGAUCGCACAACAAGAUCUCUUUCAAAUGAGCCCGCUAUAAAAUUACAUGGGAAUUUAUAUUUACCUCAUAUAGAUGUAGAUAAUCCUUCCAGGACAACUUCAGGGUCACAGAUACACCAAGACUUUGUCAAUGAAAUUCACAUUGAUUUUACUCAUUUCUGCGUGGAUUUGGAUAUCAGUAUUAUGGAUCGUAUACAUCGUAUUACCGAUGCAUGGGCAGCUGCAUCGGAAGCUGUCAGUCGUUUAUCACCAUUAAGACAAUCUGAUUUCAACCAUCAUGCAGAAUGGUGUGAUACAGACAUAAAUAAUGAUAUUCCAGUUACAAUGAAGUCUGGUCAUCAUCAUCAUGUAGAGCUGAAUUCAAUUAAUAAAUCCAAAAAUUCAUUCACACACAACAUCCCUCCUUCAACCGAUUUUCAAUCAAAUCAAAUAGAUUCACUGAGGCAUUUUCAGUCAUCAACGAAUAUGACAGUGAAAUGUCACAGUUUUGAGCUUAAUUUACGCUUUCCUAUUCCUAUAGAAGCAAUAAAAACGGCCUCUGGUCAAAAAAUUGCAGAAAUCCGAUCAAAAUUAUGGGGUGCCGGGACAGUAAACAACUCGAAUCAAUCAAAUUCUGUACAAAGUAUAUCAUGGUGGGCUAGGACAGUUCGUAAAGAAUAUCUCUCUAUAUUUAUGAAAAAGAUUCGUCUAAAUUUUGAUAAUUCCAAAGAGUUAUCCCCGAAAUCACAACCAUUUGGUAGACCGAACGAUCAUUUACAAAAUGUUACAAAAUCUAAAAUUUCUUCUUUUAAAAAUGGAAAGCAUAACGGAAAUGAACAGGAACUAGAACUAAUUAUAGGAUCCAUAUCAGUACAUUUGGCUAAUGAUGAUCUAAACAUACAAUCAAUGCCUAUCGUAUAUUUCACAACAAAAAUGAAUCCUAUUCCUGAACCAAUCAAAGUGUAUAUACGCAUAUCUCCCAGUGGACAAACUGAUCUUGUCGAGUGUGUAAAUGAAAAUCCAAUGAAUAAAGAUUUUGAUGAACAGACAACAACUAGAGAACAACCUGCUCAAUUUGAAGUAGGCGUUGAUCUAACAACAUUUAAUGAGUAUAUUUCAUCAUCUGAUCAAUUUUAUGGUCCAAAUAGAUCUAAUCAUGAUCAUUCUGUUGAAUGGUCAUUAUGGAAUCAAGCUAAUCCUAAGCAAAAUUGUUUUAUUCCUUUAGUAGUCAGAAAGAACUUUGCUCAAGAUGCACCAAAACCUCAUUCUAAACAGAUAACUUAUUACCCUGGUAAUAAAGCUCAUAUGUUCGCCUAUCGCCAAUCUGCUAGUAUGCAUACCCACUUAUUUGUACACUUUAAAAUACCUUUGGCUGAAAUCACAAUUGAACAUAAACAAACAGUGGAACUACUUUGUUUACGAUUAAUGUAUGAUCUUUUAUUAUGGCAAUCAUUGUUACCUAAUGAUCGUCGCCUACGUGCAACAUUAAAACGUCCAAAUCAUACUUGUCCAACAGUAGAUAAUGUGACAAAUUUACAAUCGGAUCAUCGUUAUUGGUUUUUAAGUGAUCCUGCUCCUUUAGCCACUAUCUAUGCUCAUCCAGAUGCUGCACGAGCAGCCGCUGAACUUGAAGCAAUAUCACCAAUCGGUUAUUAUAAUGUAAAUCAUCAUCCAAGCGGUCUACAUUAUCAUUCAGUUAAAAGUGAUGAAGAAGAGGAUAGUGAUUAUGCUGAAAAUGAUUUAAACGAAUUAUAUAGUAAUACUUUUAAUAUCAAAGACAAUACUAUUAGCAAUCAUUACACAAAAUAUAACAAAGAGAAUGUAAACCGUUUUAAUAGUAAAAUCUCUUGGUCAAAUGAUUUACGAAGAAAUGUUAACAACAGGAAUAAUAUAAAUUUGAAUCAACACUCCUUGUUGCAUAAAAACCGUCAGCGUUGUACUGGUGAUCAUCAUACUAAUAAUAACACUACUUACAGUGCAGAUCAUAAAGUAGUAGGACCAUUAACGAAUACUUCUGUUCAAUUUCAAUCCUCUAUUUGUUUGCAAUUAGAUAUAAACUCCUUACAAUUUACAACAUUCCUUCCUGAAUCAUCAUCAUCAUCUGUGGGAGGAAUUCGACUAACUGAAAAAGUGAUUAUAAAUGCCUCUAAUACUACAUUAUUCACUGAGCUUUCGCAUAAUUCUAAUCCGAAUUUAAAUUAUGUUGAAAUGGAAGUUGGUGAAUUCGAUAUAUCUUAUAGUUGUAGUCAAAAUCCGAAUUCUGAUAAUCAUAGUUCUGCUGAUAACGCUCACCCAUCAUCAUCAGAUUCGCCAGCUAGUUUAUGGCCAGUUUUAAUUCAUCUUUCAUGGGAUUCUAUUGGCUAUCCAUAUGGUUCAACACUUCAUCAAGUUGGUGUAUCUACCGCGAAUUCAUCGAACGAACCAACUUUUAGCAUGGCUUUAGAACAUAGACAAAUUCAUCGUUUAUCCGAUUCAGGUAAUUCAACGUACGAUGAUGAAUUCAUUUUGACUCUUCGAAUUCAAGAGGUUUGUUUUAUUUAUUGGCCACUAUUCAGUUUAAAUAAUCGUUGGGAUAUUUAUUCAAAUAUUGGUAAUCCCAAUUUAACAACUCCAGUCAAUUCUUCACAUUCUAAUACUACCACUACAAAUACUAACAAUAGUUUUAAUUAUUUAACAGGUUUACCGAAUUGGUUUAUUCGAUUUUGUAGUUUAUAUCAAACUCCUAAUUUAUCAUUCAUUACAGAAGAAUAUCCGAGUUAUUAUGCACCAGCUUGUCUAUUCUCUCAACAUUUACACUUUGAACAUUUAACGGCUACAUUUUCAAUGCCUUACCCAGAAUAUUUUAUCUUGUCAACAAAUAAACCGACUUCUGUAAAUUAUCAAAUGCCUAUUUUACAUUUUAUGAUUGGUUGUGAAUCAACUAGUAUUACUGUAAAUACAGCUAUGGAAACGUUGACAAUUUGUUCAUCAAUAAAUAAUAAUAAUAAUCAAGUCGAUAUGCAACCUGGAAUGUUAGUUAUGGCAUUUAUUAAUAAUCUCGCCAUAUUUCUAUUCCCUUUUAAAUUUAAUUCAAUCAAUCCAAAUUCAUUGAAUCCUCGGUUAUGUGAUAUCAAUUCUUCUCAUCCAUUAUUAAUUAAUUUUCGUCAUUGGCUUAGUACAUUCGAUUUGAAUAAAGCUGUUUGUAUAGCAAGCCUAGAUCAUUUGGAAUUAAAAUGUUUUUCUGAGCCAAUUAUCAUACCAAAUACAACUUUAAAAAUAACUUAUAAUCAUAAUACUUUUUGUCGCUUUAUUUCUCUUAAUCAUUUUAGGAUAAUAGUAAAUCAUUUACAUAAAUUCGUUGAAUUACUAACAAUAUAUGAUAUGAAUAAUUGUAAUACAACUACUCCUUCACCAACAAUGCAUUCAUCACCAAUCCAUGUAAAAAAUACAUCAUCAUUAAAACUAGAUCCAACAUUAUGUCCACAAUUUCAUGCAUCAAGUCCAAUUCCAUCUGGUUUAGUUUACUCGAAUCCUUUUCGAAAUAUACUCGAUGAUAAUCAAUGUAAGAGUGGUUCAGUUAGUAGCCUUGAUCUUAUACAAGAUGCAAUUUCUGAUGUAGAUUCUGUUCAUUCAUCACCAUUUAAAAUUGGUAAUGUAAAAAGAUCAUCGGCUGUGGAUAUUCCUUCAAAUAUCUUACAAACUUCCAGUAAAAACAAUGAAUCAUUAGCAAGAAAAGUAGAGAAGAAAUUAGCUAUUAACACUUGUCCAACUCCCCAACCAUGUCGUACUGUACAUAGUAGUAGUAAAAGGAAAUCGAAUACUUCAAUAAAUAAUGAUAUAAAAUCAUGUAAUUCUAGUCCUUGUCCCAUUAUUACUACUAAUGAUACUACGUCUAUGAAUGAUAAAAGUAAAAAUCAACUACACUUAGAUCUAUCUGAUCAAUUGAAAUCUAUGUCAAAUCGCUCACACAAUUCUGGACCAUCAAGUCUUUCUGAUGAUUUCGUUUUCAUUGAUCCAUCCACUAUUCCAGCAUUGAAUUAUACAACACCAAAAGAAAAAAUUCGUUGUUUACUUCAACCAACUAAACAAUUGUCGAGCCCCACUAUCACUACUAAUGACCAAACGUCAUCACCAUUGAUAAGUUUUGAUAUUCAUGAAAAUUUCUACUCUCCACCUAGUUCCACUACAAAUUUUAAAAAUUAUCGUGCUAACCGAUGGAAUCGUUUAUUCAUUGAUCCUGUUAAAAUUUAUCCACGUCCUUUAUUAGCUAUAACAUUGUAUGAUUUUUCAUGUGAAUGGAAUAUAUAUGGUGGCAAUGAUUUGUUACCUACUUCGUCAGCAGCAACAACUCCAUUGUUAGGCAAUAUCCCAUCCAAUGAGAUAUCUAUCCCUGUUCCACCACAUAAUAAAUCCCCAGUGCUAUCUUCCUCAUCACCACUCAAAGAUCCUACUCAAAAAUUAAUAACAACUCCAUCUCGUUCAAAUGAAUCACUUCUAACUAAUAAAAAUGCUACAAAUAUACGAUCUUGUGGGAACAUUUCACCUAAUCAAAUGUUAAAAUCCUGUCCUAAACCUGGCUAUCGUUUUCGUCAUGGUCAACCGCUUAUUAAUAAACCAAGUAGUAGUGGUAGUGUUGGUACCAGUGGUCCUGUUCGUACGCAUUCGAAUGAUUCACGUUCGGAAAAUAUUUCGUUACAAUCGCCCAAGGAUUCAAAAGGUAUCCGUUCUCGUUUAACAUUGUAUUCACAAGGUGGCCCAGGACGUCAGCUUGAUAAUUGUAUUUCAUUCAAUAUCUCAAAAUUAUACUUUCGACAAGCGAAGUUCCCAGCUCGUAUGAAAAAAUCAAUUCAUCAGCAUCAAGGACAACAACUGAAUUCAUCACAUAAUUUAUUCAGUCUAACUGUAGAUCCAUUUCAACGUUUAAUUAUUCAUAUCCCAUCUGUUGUAAUAGUUGAUCAUGUUAUUAGUUCAAAUGUCAAUCAAUUACUUUACUCAUAUAAUCGAAACUAUUCACCAAGUAUCAAUUUACUACCGCAUAAUUUAGAUACACCAAUGUUACUGGAAAUUAAACUAUCUAUUCAACCAUUAAAAAUUAAUUUAGAUCAAUAUACACUGCUGUUUUUAUACGAAUAUCAAGAAAAUUUCAAAAGGUUGCUCACUGCUUCUUCGAGAGAAUCAGACAACUUUCAGAUGGGACAAUCUGUAUCAAGCUUGGAGUUUAGAUCUCCAACUCAAGUAUGCACUCAAUAUGGCUUAGCUUCAAGUCCUAAUAUCAAUCCAAGUAACUCAACACAGCCUCAUUUAAAGCAAUACAAUGAUAAUGUUAAUACAGUUCCUUUACCACAGAGUAAUUUAGUUCGUCCAGUUUACUUGCCGAUGGACCCUAUCGAACAUAAUCAGCCUGUUUUAUUUAUAAGAAAAUUCACUUUCUACCCUGACUUAUCUGUUCACCUUGAUUAUCACGGAAGGCGUUUGGAUUUGAGUGGGGGUUCAUUUCAUGGUUUACUUGCAAUGCUUCUUCAAUUAACGAAUGCUGAAUUCACAAUUCCUCGACGUGUUUAUCAACGUGGUUAUCAAAGUUUCGAUAGAUUAAUUGAAGAAGUUGUAGAAGAUUUAAGUUCUAUUAUCUCAGCACAACUACCUCAUGCUAUUGUAACUAGUUUUGGUCCAAUGCAUGAAGUAACACAAUUUCUUCUCGGUUUAUGGGAUCUAGUCUAUCAACCUGUUUGCAGCUUCUAUGGGACGGCCGAAUUACCUAAUACAUCAGUGGAUUCUGGUCAUGUUGGUACAGCUGUUUGUAAAUUGGGUCUGUUUAAAAAACCUCAUCAGCUUCGUAAUGAAAUUUGUCAUAGGAGAGAAUAUACGCUUACAGAUACAUCUUGUGGUACCAAUCGAAGCGGAAUUAUUCAUGGUCUUAGAAGAGGCACACGAUCAUUUUCAACAAGUACUCUAUGGGCUACCUUACAGUUGAGUAUUCAAGGUAUAAGAGCUCUCCAAUCUAUUGCAGAAACGGCUUACGAUUUAGUUACACCAGGACCAGCUUUACGUAGUCGACGAUUAUAUUUAAGACAACCAGCUGAUAUACGUGAAGGAUUUGGUAAUGCUGUAAAUGUAUUGACGCGAGGAUUUCAAAUGGUAGCAGAAGAUUUGUGUGGUGCUACUGCAUUACCAUCAGAAGUUGAAAUUGGAUAUAAAGGUCCAGUUGGAAUGGUUGGUGAUGUGUUACGUCAAAUACCACCAACUAUGGUCACACCCAUAGUGGCUAGCUGUGAAGUAAGCACAAUGAAUUGAAUUAUUUUUCUCUUCCCUCUUUGAGCUUUAUACUACUGUUUGUAUGAUUCGCUGAAAUGUUCAUUGCUGGAUGCGCAGUCGUUCUUCCAAACACAUAACCAGUAAUAACAACCAUGUGACAUGUUUGCAAGAUUUUUUCUAAGUAUGACCUUUUCAUUAGCCCUUUUCAAAUUACCCUUUUGAUAUACUAUCAUCGACGCACCCCCCCACCCAAUCCCUUCCAGAUUUCUUUUUCAGAAAAGUUGAAAUGGUUGGUCAAUCAGACGAGCCCACGCUACUAGUUGAAAGUAUGGCUUCACUUUCUGAAAGAUAUGUACCCGUUUUCGAGAGAGCGAUGGAUUCAUGCUCGAGUCGCUUAGUCAGUAAAGGGCUUCCUGGUCACUCGGUUUUCUUUACUCAAACAGCUGGUCGGGCUCAUAUUAGAAAACUUUUAUAUGAGUAUCUGACCGUACGACCGCACAACAUAAGCUAUAAAUUAAAUUAGUUAUUUAUCCAGAUGAUCAACUGUAUCGUAGUGAAAAAGACUUCUUUCCUCAGGAUGAUAAGAGUAUCGAAUAGAGCUAGAACCUGGCAGGCUGAAAAUUACUUCUGAUCUUCUGGUUACCACCUGUGCAACAAUUUUAUUAUGUAAUGAGAAUCGUUAAGUUCUGUAAUCUGUUACCAUAAAUCUUAUCACUAAAUAUUUUCUGUCCAUAUAAUUGUUUGUCAUUCAAAUAUUGUAACAAAAUUUUCAUUAUCGUUUUUUCUUAUCA